CGCUUCAACCCUCGUUAUCGUUCAGUGCGAGCAGACUCUGCGCCCCACCCAAAGGUCAGAAUAAGGAAACACCAAGACCAAGGUGGCCUAUCAUAAACCAGCCUCGGGAGACGGUCUCGCCUUCUCUACACUAUAAAGCCUUACUUUGGGUUUUGUCUCCAGUUGGAGCUAUACAGCAUGUCUGCUGACAACGAUACUUAUGCGCCAAAGAGUCCCGACCUGUCUUUGUUCUAUUCGGGCCCCACACCGCCCGCGGAACCUGCAGAACCCCAGCAGCUUUUAUCGCAACAUUCACAGCCAAACUUUUCCCACCUGCAGACUUCCUCCAGGGCUUACUUCCCGGACUCUCGAUCGCAGCAAUUUCAACCAGAACCCCGACUAGGUCAACAAUACCAAAGUCAGCCAUUGGCGCAGACGUUCGCUCAAACACCUCAUCCAAGCGACCCAGCCGCCAGCCAAGCGCCCCCAGGAGUUGGCGUCGGUGCAGGACACGCAUCCAUCGCACAACACCAAUACUACCCCCCUCGUGCAGCUAGCUAUCCCAUCGCCGGGUACUCACAACCCGGCAGCCAUUACACGGCAACACAGGUCCCACCGCCGCAACAGCAGGCGCCGUUCUACCAACCUCCGUAUCGCGGUAGUCUCCAGUAUCAACCCCCGCAACAACCUCACCAAGCACCGCACGAAGUCGCCGCUCCCCAAGCCCAGGCGCGCCAACUUAACGAUUACCGCGAAUCCGCAUCGGCACAGGACCACCCCUCCUCCGGCAAAGCUGACGCGAUGCCGCCGAGGAGAGCAGCCGCCGCCGCGGCAGCCGCCGCAGUAACCGCCCAGGCCGCGUCCGAUGCCGCGGGGAACGGAUCCUCGAGCCCGUCGGCAGCUCCGGCGCCAGCAGCAACCUCCUCACCUUUCGAGUCGAUCACGGUCAAGACGAAAUUCCCGACGGCACGCAUCAAGCGGAUCAUGCAGGCGGACGAGGAGGUUGGGAAGGUCGCCCAGCAGACGCCCAUCGCGGUGGGCAAGGCGCUGGAGUUGUUUAUGGUGGCCCUGGUGACCAAGAGCGCCGAGGUAGCGAGGCAGCGCAACUCGAAGCGGGUGUCGGCGCAGAUGCUGAAGCAGGUCGUGGAGGGGGACGAUCAGUGGGACUUCUUGCGGGAUAUUGUUGGGAAGGUGGAAGGGGAGGAGAAGGGAGGCAAGGGAGGCAGCCAGGGUCAGGGUGGGAGGGUGAAGGCGGAAAAUAGCGAGACCGAUGAUGAGAUGGGCGGCGGUGAUGCGGCUGCUGGAACGAAGAAGAAGAGGGGCGGCGGAAGGAAGAAGAAGGUUUAAUUCAAGGAAAAGGACUCUGGGGGAGAAGUUGGGAGACAAGGAGAAGCUGGUGUUUCUUCUCCGAUGGGCAUGGUCGGUGGUGGAGCUUGGGUGACUUGAGAGUUUGGAAUGGUUGGUAAGGCAAUUGUCUUUGACGAACUGGGGGCACGGGCGUUGGGAUACGGCAACUUGCGGGCAUGAUACAAAGCGAUGUUUUUAUACGGUGUUUGGCAAAUUAGUGACACUCGGCGGCGCGCUG